GUAAGGGUGUUGUUGUAGCAUGUAGCAUGUAGCUCAGGAGGCAGACAAAACAAAACCAAGAAGAGCACUGCUGUGUGUCUUUGCACUGUCGCGACAUCUCCUACGCCGACGCGAGAAAAGUCUGUGAGCGUUCUCUUCAACAACAUGCGCAGGCCCGCAGUCAUGACGAAAGAGGAGAACCUGGAGACGCAGGAGAAGGAGAGGCACGACCGCGAGGAACACGAGGAGGGCAGGGUCCAGAGAGAGGAGGAUGAGGAGCUGACAGAGGAAGAGGAGGAGGAGGAGCGGGAUGAGGAAGACGAGGAGGAGGAGGAGAGGGCGGAAGACGAGGACCAGCAGACCGAGGAGCGUGACGAGGAGGAGGAGGGAGGACGACGUCGGGAGCGGCAGGAGGCGACGGCGGGCCGAGAAGGCGACGGCGCCGCCGAGGGCGAGCCACCGUCCGUGUCCGCGCUCCCGAGUCCGGUCCGCGAGACCCGACGUCGAGCCGUGGUGCACCCCUCCGCGCAGGCGCCCCUUCCCAAAGACUACGCCUUCACCUUCUUCGACCCCAAUGAUCCGGCCUGUGCGGAUAUCCUCACGGACCCCCGGACCACCAUCCCGGAGCUGUUCGCCAUCGUGCGUCAGUGGGUUCCCCAGGUGCAGCACAAGGUGGACGUCAUCGGCGACGAGAUUCUCAAACGCGGUUGCCACGUGAACGACCGCGACGGCUUGACGGACAUGACGCUUCUUCACUACAGCUGCAAGGCGGGCGCCCACGGCGUCGGCGACCCGGCGGCGGCGUUGCGUCUGAGCAGCCGGCUGAUUUCUCUGGGCGCGGACGUCAGUUUGAGGAGUCGCUGGACGAACAUGAACGCUCUGCACUACGCCGCCUACUUUGACGUCCCGGAACUGGUCCGAGUCCUGCUGAAGGCCGCCAAACCCAGAGUUCUGAACUCCACGUGCAGCGACUUCCGCUACGGGACGGCUCUGCACAUCGCCGCCUCCAACCUGUGCCUGGGUGCCGUCAAGUGUCUGCUGGAGCACGGCGCAAACCCCAGCGUCCGGAAUGAAAACGGCCAGGUCCCGGGCGAAGUGGUCCCCGACCCAAUGGACAUGAGCCUGGACAAGGCCGAGGCGGCCAUGGUGGCCAAAGAGCUGAAGCGGCUGCUUCUGGACGCCGUACCGCUGAGCUGCAACCUUCCCAGAGCUACACUGCCCAACUACGACAACAUUCCCGGGAACCUGAUGCUGUCCUCGCUGGGCAUGAAGCUGGGCGACCGCGUGGUGCUGGACGACAUGAAGACCGGGACACUGAGGUUCUGCGGUACCACAGAGUUCGCCAGCGGGCAGUGGGUUGGCGUGGAGCUGGACGAGCCAGAGGGAAAGAACGACGGCAGCGUCGGCGGCGUUCGUUACUUCAUCUGCCCGCCCAAACUGGGGAUCUUUGCUCCAGUGUCAAAGAUCGCCAAGUCGGCGGAGCAGCCCGUCUCCUCCGUCACCUCCACCCCCAGGACCCCCCGCCUGGACCUUGCCUCGCGCAUUGCCGGGAAGAAUAAGAGAGAGAAAGAAAAGAAGGAGAAAGCCCUUAAGAAGAAGUCGUCAGUCGUCAGUCUGGAUCCAGAAGGACUGAACGUUGAGGUUGGAGAUCAAGUCUUGGUGGCCGGGCAGAAGAAUGGCAUUGUGCGCUUCUUUGGAAAAACAGACUUUGCUCCAGGUUUGUGGUUCGGUGUGGAACUAGACCAGCCCACCGGCAAACACGACGGCUCCGUGUUCGGGGUCCGCUACUUUAGCUGCCUCCCCAAGUACGGUGUGUUUGCCCCGCCCUCCCGGGUCCAGAGGAUUGGAGGACCUAAAGAGGGCUCACAGAACGAGCAGAACUCUCUGGUGAAGAAAGUCCACCAGGUCACCAUGUCUCAGCCCAAGCGUAACUUCAACAAAGUUCGUUCUCCUAAAGAUCUGACCUCCGAGAGCUCCAUAUCCAGGUUGCUCUUCUGCUGUUGGUUUCCGUGGAUGCUGCGUGCUGAGAUGCAGUCCUAACCACGUCCUUCUCCUCUCCCAGCAAAUCUUCUUGCUGCCUAUCGCUGUCGUUGUCAAACCUGGUGAAACUUCCUGUCCCCUGCUCUCGGCUCGCAUUUCUUCUCGGGUGUUGCCUCACACUCUCGCGUUCUUCUCUCUUAGCCGUUGGAAAUCUUUAGUGCCUUGUUGAAAUGUUGAUCAAAUGUUCUGCGUUCCUGCUAACAUAACCCACACCACCACCACCACCACCACCCUCACCCACAAGCUCCUCUAUAGUUAGCAUCUCACCACCUAGCUGGCUGGCUGUUUUUUUUUUGCUAGACCUGUUUUGAUUUUACUGCUCCAGAUACUCCAGUGAGUUGUGUUGGAUGUACAAAAGCAGCCACUCUUUUUAGACAACAAGAUCGAUGCUUUGUGUUCAUCUGUUGUUGUUGAGUUUUUUCUGCUGCAGCUUCACCUCAUGAAGCUGCAGCGUUGAUCAUUAGCUUACAGCGCCACCGCCGUUGCUUCUUUUGUGACGUGAAAAGCGAAGGAAGCCUUGCUACAGGAUCAUUUUUGUUUGCUGGUUGCUCGUAAGAGAACAAGAACGUCCAAGUUCUCCCAACCUCCGUAGCUAAAGCUAGCAGCUACGCGACUCCGUCCGUCCUUUGGAUAACUAAAGUCGAGCAUGGAAGUAUGAAGAGCGGCUUGAUCUCGAACGAACCAGUUAGACUAGACGAGACUAUUGUAGACUUGAUUGAAAUCUGGUUUUUCACCGACCUGUUGACCAAAACUGCUAAGCGAGCCAAAAUCUUUCUGCAUGAUGACAAUUACAAAAGUGUUUUUGAGCCUUUGCGUUGCUUCCUUUCUUUGAAAGAAGUUCAAAUAUUUUUCUCAGGAUAAUAGCAACUUUUCUUCAAGAGAAGCUUCCAGUAGACGUCUUUAGGUCAUCUUAAAGAAUCGGCAUGUUUCUGAAGUCUGCAGCCUUAUUAACGUGAUUAACGAAGUCAUGUAAGUGGAUGUUAAAUGAAGUAUUAGAUCGAAAAUGUCAAUGUUUGAGCUCCGUUUCACGCUCAUUUGGACCAUCACAAAAGUCCCUAAAGAGCUUCACAAAUAAGCUGCAAUUUCGCUGAUAAUGGAUCUGCUUGGAACUCAACAUUAUACAGCUUUCAGCUUCAUCUGCUUUGGCCACUAGGUGCCACCAGUGAGUCACUAGUUUGUCGUUAGUUCUAUAUUGUGAUACAUGCAGUAUAUAUAUAUAUAAAUAUAUAUCUUGUACACAAGUCUCCUGUUGAAGGGCCGCAAGGCCACUGAUGUAGUACUUCAUCUCAAGUAAAAAAAAACAAAUCUAGUGUCAUUUCUGUAUUUGGUAUAAAGUCAUUAGUUCCACAACAACAACAACAACAACAAAAUUUGUCUUGUUAAUUUAGCGUGCUGUCAUUAUUAUUACUCAUAGUGUGAAUGACCUGUAUGAUGACUAAACACGUAAGUGGUUAAUAAUCGCCACUCAAUGACGGGUUUGGUCCCACUAAGCUAAAAACAAGAACAACAACAGUGUGUAUAUAUAUUGUUUUAUUACCUCACCAAGUGGACUUUUGGUUCUUAGUUUUUUUUGCAGUGUGUUUUGUUCUUUCCAUCCAGUGUGUGUGUGUGUGUGUGUGUGUGUGUGUGUGUGUGUGUGUGUGUGUGUGUGUGUUCACUGCAUGCUGUGUACUGUAAUUGUGCAUAUCUCCUCAUCCUCUCAUGUUGGCAUUAGCAUGGAAAUGCAUCCAAUGAUAUUAACAGCUGUUGUAAUUCUGUCAAUAUUCUAUAAAAUAAAAGAUUCAAUGUUUUUUUUUUUUUAA